AUUCGCCCCUGUCUCUCAGCUGAUAAUCCUUUGAGUUUACGGAGUUCGUGUUUUUUAUAUGCAGCUCUCCAUUCAGUUUCCGCGAUGGGAGAAAGGUUCCUCUGAUUGUUCCUUGCAAGGUACUGCUUACAGGCUUCAUAUGUUAAAGAUUAGGGUGGGGGCGGAGUUAGGACAUCUGCUGCUUCCCAGGAACAAGCUGAGGCCCCUUCAUACAAUGGGCUUCAGCUUCAAACAGAACAAAUGACAGCGUUGUGUUUUGUGCAAAUGCAUUGUGGGACAUGUAGUUCAGAACUAACAAGGUGCUCUUGUUCUUGCUAUAUAAACUUAUUUAAUUAGCUUGUAUUAAUGAAACAGGUUCUUGAAUAAUUAUUUAUUUCUAACGAAUCUUUUUUCUAAUUGUAUCAAUUGAGUCAGAAUCUCAACAUACUUGUUAAACAUUUUGAAAAUACUACAUUUCCCAAAUUGUUUCACCACAGUUGCUAGGAUACCAUGCAACACGGACGUCAGGUCUAGGUUGUGAAGAUAUUUGAAACGGGUUGCAGUUUGUGUGACCACUUAAUUGAAAGAAAUGAGAGGAUUGGGGAUUUACAAACUGGACAAUGAAGAAAAUUACCCUUCAAAUUGUUUCCCAAUAUGAUCAUUCUUUCAUCCAAGUAAUGAAGGUGACUACUGUAGCACAAAUGCUUCUGAAUUCUUAAAAUUUAACAUUAAUAAAAACAUAUUUAUUUAACACUGCACAGUGACCUUUUUAAUAAAUCUUAAAGGGGCAGGGCACUGGCUCGUAGCACAAAGAAAAACACUGGACAAGAGAAUAUCAAAAAGGAAAAAAGCUUCAGGAUGGAGUUUUGAAGUACACUCUAAUGAACUUUAGCAAAGCCAAAAAAAAAAAAAAAUUAAAAGAAAAAAAAAAAGAAAAUGCUAAUUCUCUUCCAGGGUUUAGGAUUAAAAACUGAACCAGUCUAUUGUUUUACUUGAAUAAAUGCUGUUUGUUUGUGUUGUAAUACAAGACUUUUUCUUUGACAUAAGAAUUCAACAUGCCAUUAGUGUUUUAGAGCACACUUUCAAGAACCUGCUUGUGUAUAGAGAUCCAAAUGCAAAUCUUGACCGUCCUCAGAAGCCAUACUCUGAAAGAGAGAAAAAGGUCAGAGGACAUGAAUCAUGUGCAGCAUCAGCAUCUAAACCCAAUUAGGAAUUUGCCACCUUUGAGACCAAAGAAGUCAAAAGGAGAACAAGUUGAGGAAAUCCUCACCCAAAUAAAGGAGAUGAAAACAAUCAGCAAAGUUCCCUUAGAUAAUGUCCUCAACAAAGGGAAGGAUACUUGUAAGAGAGAAUAUGAGGAAGCAAUGACUUUGCUGAAGGACAUGAAAAGGAGAUACAGGAUGACCCAUCUGAAAACAGUGGAACAAGAAAAACAGCUUGAGAAUGAGAAGACCUGUAAUCUAAACUAUCAGAAGAAAGAAAGUCAUACACAUCUGGGAUGGCAUGAGGGUUAGAAAUUGAAAGUGAAAAUUCUCAACCAUCCCCUUAAGUGUCGGGCGUUUUUUGCACUUUUAAAGAGAAGACUUACAGGCCAGGAGAUAGCUGGCAUCCCUAUUUGGAGCCCUUUGGAUUCAUGUUCUGCAUGCGUUGUACUUGCACUGAAUCUGGUCAUGUGAAAUGCAACCCCAUCAAAUGCCCUGUUCUGCGAUGUGAAAAUCCAGUGACUCACUCACAGCAGUGCUGCCCUCGUUGUGCAGAUGAGCACAGAACUCCUGCUGGUCUUCGGGCACCCAUUAAAACCUGUAGGUAUAAUGGAAGUAUAUACCAAACAGGGGAAACAUUUACCAACCAUGAACUCUUCCCAUCCCGUCAAUCCAACCAAUGUGUCAUGUGCACUUGCUCUAAUGGAAAUAUUUUCUGUGCAUUGAAAACAUGUCACCCCAUUUCAUGCUCCUCACCAGUUUCAGUUCCAGAUACGUGCUGCUUGGUGUGCAAAGAGGGUGCAAUUGAUAUAAAUUCUGCCUCAUUUGGGGAUGGAGGACAACAACUUAACAGAGGAGUUAGGCAUUCUGUGGAUCACUGUGCUGGGGACCAGGUCAGGGGUCGCUCUGUUAGGGCCACACCGUCAACACUGCAGAGCUCUCCAAGAGGCCUCAACCUACAGACGCUACACCUUAAAGGAGCUGCAGAGACUACUGUUAAGAUUCUUCUACAGCGCAAACACCAGAGAGCUUGCGUGUACAACGGAAAGACCUACUCCCAUGGUGACGUGUGGCACCCGGUGCUGGGCAAAGUCUUGGAGUGCAUUCUGUGCACCUGCAUGGAUGGCUUUCAAGAAUGCAGGCGCAUCACAUGUCCCAGCCAGUAUCCAUGCCAACAUCCCAUAAAGACAGUGGGAAACUGCUGCAAGAUUUGUCCAGAGCUCAAAGCAGAGAGCAAUAGGACAGAGUGCUACCUUGGCCAGGACAAUAACAGUCUCCUGGUAUAUAAAGUUGAAUCCUCAUCUGCCACUCAAUUAGAGGACGAAGUGAGGAUGAUAGCCAUCGAGAGACAAGGAACCACUGAGGUUGAGGUGCAAGUUUGGAAAACAGUUGAAGGUGUUUUGCAUCUAAUGGAAACAGGUGAUGUUCAAAAGAAAGACCUCAUAGAACAUCCCGAAAGUUACAUCUUACUGACCACAUUAGAUGAGGACACUUGGAGAAAGUUCAAAGAAGAGGAGGACAAGCAGAAGGACUUAAGUAAGAUUAGGAGCUGUGAAGAUGGAAUAAAGGAAGUAGUGAAGUACUUAAACCCUGAACAGCUGGACAGUCUUUGCAGUUCUUAGUCUCCUCCCUGUUCUCUAACACUGCCAACCCAGUCUCUGACACCCAUUUUAUUACCCAAAGAACACACUCACCCCCACACAAUGUGCAUGUAGUACAAAACCAGAUGCUGGCAGCAGGUAGUCUAAAGAUCUCGUUUAUUUCUAUGAGUCAGUUCAGCACAAGUCUUUAUGAGUUUGACAGCUCAGAAUUCUUUGUAGGACCUUGCUUUUUUCAGAGGCCUUGAAUCGGGCUGAGGUCAGGCAUUGCUGGAAAAUUUACAUUUGAGAUGGAAAAUGAGUGAAUACAUGCAAAUGUCUCAGUAGGCUACUAAGUGGGCCAAAGUUGUAGGUGUGCUCAAGAAAGAAAGGGUGUAAAGCAAUCAUCAUUAAAGGGAUACUUUUCCCAAAACUGAAAAUUCUGACAUCAUUUACUCACCCUCAUGUUGUUCCAAACCUGUAACACUUUCUUUCUUCUGAGCAGAAUGACAGUCUCAGUCACAAUUCACUUUUAUUGUAUGGAAAAAAGAAGCAAUGAAAGUGAAUGGUGACUGAGGCUGUCAGUCCCUAACAUUCUGCCUUUUGUGCUCCAUGAAAGAAAGAAAGUCAUACGGGUUUGGAAUGACAUGAGCGUGAGUAAAUGUUUACAGAAUGUUCCAUUUUGGUUGAACUAUCCCUUAAAAAGGAAUGGUGUAUGUUAUUCUAGCAAGCAUCCACUGUAUGUACAUAAAAGGAAUAGCACAGGAUGAUAACAGCUUAUUGGCCAGAAUGCUUUUAUAAAGUUGACAUAGGCCACCUUUUUUCCUCUGUACUUAGUUACACUUCAGUCAUAUAUGUAUCAUGAAUAAACUACACUAUUUAUUGUACAUUUAAAGCAGCAAACAUAAUUAUCUUUAAACAUAACUUUAAUAGAAUGAUGUUUUUAAUAGAACAUGUUUUGCACUGUCAUGCAUGUAGCAUGUAUGUGUAUUGAUCUGGUUAUGUAUAAUUCCUAUGCACUUAAAAUGAUCAUAAAUAUAUUGGGCUAAUGUCCUGGUGUGACACUGAACAAUACGACUUUCAGUUUUUACAGUGCAAGGCUCUGUUGCAUAAAUUACAAUUCUAUUGCUUGUUUGCUUGUUUUCCAAGAGUUAUAAUGAUCUUAAAUGUAUUAAAGGGAAUUCCUACUAAUGCCAUAAAUGUAGGUCAGAAGUUGGAAGCAAUGAGAUGUGUUGAUUGUUGAGGUUUAACAGGUUUUAAAAGAAUAGUUCACCCAAAAAUUAAAAUUCUCUCAUUUUUUACUCAUGUUGUUCCAAUCCCGCAAGACUUUCUUUCUGCCGUGGAACACAAAAGGAGAAUGU